AUGAUUGCGCCUGACUGGAUUGAGUACGAAAAUGCCAACGGCGGCCGUUUUUCACUCUCAGGAUCUGCUGAAGAGAUUAUUUCCCAAGUCAAGCAGCUUAGUGCUAGAGUAGCGCCGUCUGAAACUGUGCCGAACAACUUGACGAUUGAAAAUCGCCUCGCUGGCUCUAUUGGAGUUCGUGUUUAUACACCCAAAAUCCAAAAUGCAUCCCAUCAGCUUCCCGUCUGCCUAUUCUCACACGGUGGCGGCUUCAUUGCCGGAAGUCUGGACUCGGAGGACGACUUCUGCCGCUGGAUUGCCACGACCAUAGGCUGCAUCGUCGUGUCUAUCGAUUAUCGACUUGGGCCUGAGAACAAGCUUCCAACUAUGCUGGAAGAUGUGGUCUCUGUGUACAAGUGGGUGUGUCAGCCCGAGAAUGCACUGCUUGGAGAGCAAGGAGAACUAUUUGCUAUGGGCGGGUCGGCGGGCGGUGCUCUCUCUCUUGCUCUUGCCAACUAUAUUUGCAAAGAGAGCGCGAAUGGAAACCAGUUGCGCAAAUUGGACGGAGUCAUUGCGCUGACGCCGAUUACUCUGCAUCCUGACAAUGUGCCCACUGAGCACGUUGCCGGGUAUACUUCGUACACGGAGAAUGCCGACGCGCCCAUCAUGGGUAGUCAUGCGAUGCGCAUCUACCUAAAUGCCGUCGACGCGGUGCCUACGGAUCAAUCCAUCUUCACGGCGCUCAGCCCACGCCUGGCCGACUUUCCUCCUGUAUAUGUUGGAACGUGUGGCGCGGAUCCAUUGCGUGACGAUGGCCGUGUCAUGGUAAAUCUGCUUCGCAAGUCUGGUGUCAAGGUCGUGGCGGACCACUACCCUGGGUAUCCGCACAUCUUUUGGAUCUUUCGCCAGUUUGCAGGAUCGGCGUUGUUCUAUGAGAACUUGGAGAGGGGAAUCAAGUCUAUUUUACAGAGUAUUUAA